AUGAGUUUCGGGCCUCCUAGACCACCCUUCCCUGCAAGAGACUACCAGGCUGGGCCUCCCCGUGGCGGUCCUCCGGGCCACGCGAGCGGCGGGAUGGACCGUUCACCUCCGGGACGUCCAGUUGGUCAGUUCCGCCCACCCCCCUUUGACAAUGCUGGAGACUAUGGUCAGCGUCAGCGUGACUUUGAGGCUGCGCCCAUUCGUGGCGGGUUUGCUGGCCGUGGAGCACCUAGGGGUCGUUUUAUGCCGUAUGGCCGUGGUUCAGAUUAUCCCGCUGGACCAGUCGUUGGUCGUGGCCCAGAACACCGUGAGCCUGAACAAGGGCGUGAUUACAAUCGCAAAAUUCCCCUCCCAGUUCCCAUCCGUGACGCACCCACUCAAAAAGAGCGCAUUGAACGUCUGGCUCGUGAACGUGUCUCAAGGACCUUGUUUAUCAGAAACAUUGCCUAUGAGACAAAGUCACAGGACCUGCGUGAACAGUUUGCGGUCUACGGCGAGAUCAAGGAAUGGUUUGACAACAACAUGCCCAGCCGUGGCAUGAUCUUUUGCACGUUUUACGACGUCCGCGCUUCCGAGGCUGCUCGCCGCGGUAUGGUCGGGUACAAGUCGUAUGGCCGAGCAAUCGAGGUGAAGUACAGUCUACCGAAAGAGCACGACCGCGACGGACCAUGCGACGAAUCAAAGAAUCAAGGUUCUCUUAUCGUCACCGUUCGCCCUGCGCCCAAGCGUGAGGUCGACGAGGCCGAGCUGGGUCAAGCUGCCGAAAAGUAUGGCGCUAUCAAAUCGAUUCGCCCUCACGGUCGCGACGAUCGGCGUGUUGUCGAGUUUUAUGACUCUCGAGCGGCCCGCGACUUUUGCCGGCGCGAGCAGGGCCGUCGUUUCAUGGAUGGGGUUCUCAAUGUCGACUUUGUCUGGGACGCUGGAGAUGUUGUCAACCCCGACCCUGUCACAGCGGACGCCAUCUCGCAGGUCACGGCGGCGGUCAAUCGUCCCGUCCGGCGUUAUGAUGGACCACCUGUCAAUGACCGCGACCGUUUGCCGGGACGCUACAACGGUCCGUCCAGGUACAGUGAGGCGCCCCCAGCCGCUGCUGGUCAACCUCCCGCCGAUGGUCGCAUUGAUAAGGCUCGCCAGGUGCAGGAUUUGCUCGCGUCGUUGGCCAAUGUGGCCGCGUCGGGUCCAGCUCCGGCUCCGUCAAACCAACAGGCUCCUUCGUCGUCCUACCCGCCAAGUGGUUCUGGCUACCCUCCUCAGUCGCGCGACGUCCGCCCACCCUCAGCAUCUUACGCACCUGGUCCAUCCUACCCACCUGGUCCAUCCUACCCACCUGGUCCCUCCUACCCACCUGGUCCCUCAUACCCACCUGGUCCCUCAUACCCACCUGGUCCAUCCUACCCGCCUGGUCCAUCCUACCCACCUGGUCCAGCCUACCCAUCUGGUCCAGCCUACCCGCCAUUCGCUUCGCAGAAUGCCUACAGCCAACCUCAAAAUGCACCCGUUCAACCGCCUCCUCCCUUCUCCAGCCCUCCCCCGCCACCCCCAUCCUCCCUCGCCCCGCUACCCCCGCCCCCGACACCCCCAUCAAAGCUGCCCACUCAAGUCCUUGCCAUGCUCAGCCCCCAAGGCCAACCUCAGUCUCGACCUCCUCCGCAGGACGAAGGCUAUGACCCAAGGAAUGCUGAUGUGGGAGGUCUCCUCGCAAAGCUCCAGAGGUAG